UUUUGUUUUUAGCCGCCACGUGGAACCGCGUACAACCUCUUUCUCCUUCUCUCUCUUCCGACGGUGUUUACCAGUCUCGCUGUCUCCCAUUUAACCUUUUCUCUUUUCUCGUUCUUCUAAUCAGCUCCUUUUCAGCUCGCUCCCAUUUUUCUCGCCUAAAGUUUCCAGGAAAGUUGCGGAGAAAAGAGAAUUUCGUUUUCCUUCUAAAUUGAUAUUUUAGAAACCCUAGAUUAUUUUCGAUUCUUUAGAUGUUAGAUGGAUUUGGUUCCAUAUGCAUCACUUAGCUCGAUUCUUUAGUCAUAGAAGCGACAUGGACUUGAAGAGGAGCAGAAGAAAGCCGAGACUCGAACGCCGCAAUGCAGCGAAGCACAUCGACUACGAUGCAGCGUUGUUUUCUUCGUCUCUCGAUGAUUCCUCUUUAUCUUCUUCUCUAAUCACACGAUCGCUCGAUUUAUUCGAUAAAACCAGCUUCCGUAUCCAAGGAACCGACGGAGAGUUCGAUCGAAUUUGUCGGAGCUUGGGAGUAAGGCCUGAAGAUUUUUCCAUCCCAACCGCCGCUUGGGAGGCCCGUAAAAUCCGAUCGUCGUCGGAUCUUGUGCCUCCGUCCAGAUUAAACCGGUUGGAUAGUCUUAAAGAAGAGACAGCACAGGUAAAAGACGACACUGAAGUAACAGUAGCUGAAUUGUCUGAUAGGUUUUUGGCUACUGGGUUGACUGGCGAGGACUCGGCUGAGUUAAAUUUAAGCGAAUGCUGCUUUUCUGAUAGAAAUGUGGUGGAUGCUACUACUGCAACCGAGCCGACGUCAAACGCGUGUUGUGUUUCGUAUGUUGCUGGUGGAGGAGGGAAUAAUGGAAUUAAAGGGGCUAGGCCACCUUUUUUAAAGCCGCCGCCGGGGAUGAGGCUACAGGUGAUCGAUAACGGUUGCUCCACUUGGGAUUUAUUUAGGGAUUUCGCCCCCGAAGACGAUAGAGGCUGUCUGAUUCCGGUUCACUUGCAUUCGUCUUCCGAUGAAGAAGAAGAUGAAAGAGAGGAGAGCGGGGGUAAUGAGGAAAAUGCUGAAGAGGAGAAUUUAAUGAGAAUAGAAGAGACUGCGGUGCUUUCAGAGUCCUGUUCGUUUACGACUUCGAAUGAUGAUGAUUCUUCAAGUACUACAACGGAGCCUACGUCAAAUAUUUCCCCUAAUGGUAGGUUCAAAAGGACAAUUACCUAUUGGGAGAAAGGUGAGCUUCUGGGGCGUGGAUCAUUUGGAUCGGUUUUCGAAGGGAUUUCUGACGACGGAUUCUUUUUUGCCGUGAAGGAAGUUUCAUUGCUUGAUCAAGGAAGUCAGGGAAAGCAAAGUAUUAUCCAACUUGAACAUGAGAUUGCUCUUUUAAGUCAGUUUGAGCAUGAAAAUAUAGUUCAGUAUUAUGGCACAGAUAAGGAUGAAUCAAAAUUAUACAUCUUUCUUGAGCUUGUAACCAAAGGCUCCCUUUUAAAUCUAUAUCAGAGGUAUCAUCUCAGAGAUUCUCAAGUCUCUGCAUAUACUAGACAGAUUCUGCAUGGAUUGAAGUAUCUCCAUGACCGAAAUGUGGUUCACAGGGAUAUUAAGUGUUCAAACAUAUUGGUGGAUGCAAGUGGAUCAGUGAAACUUGCAGAUUUUGGGUUGGCAAAGGCAACCAAGUUGAAUGACGUUAAAUCGUGCAAAGGGACGGCAUUCUGGAUGGCCCCUGAGGUUGUCAACCGGAAGGGUCAAGGGUAUGGACUUCCUGCUGAUAUAUGGAGCCUUGGUUGUACUGUGUUGGAAAUGUUAACCCGUCAGAUUCCGUACCAUCAUUUGGAAUGUAUGCAAGCAUUGUUUAGAAUUGGGAGGGGUGAGCCACCACCGGUUCCUGAUUCUUUGUCAAAAGAUGCACGAUAUUUUAUCAUGCAAUGCAUACAAGUCAAUCCAGAUGCUCGGCCAACUGCUGCAAAACUGUUGCAGCAUCCAUUUGUGAAGAGGCCUCUUCCAACGCAUUCAGGCUCAGCAUCUCCUCAACUUGGCCGGCGGUUUUGAAUGUUUAACCUUGAAACUAAAUUUUGCUGCAAAGUACUGAGAUGUUUUUGCUCUUGGAUGCAGCUUCGUCCAUCAUGAUGAACACAAGUUUGCCUCCUCAAGCUCUAAUUCUGUUCACCUUUAGUUUUGUCCCUAAAGACUCAAGAGUCUGAACAUUGGUAGGCUAAAACAAUUGAGGCAUUAUGGCCUAAUGGACUCGCCGGUUGCCAAAGAUCUAAAUCUACAGAGCAGAACAGCUCUUAAAUUAUCUGAUGUCAUUUUGUCUGUUCUGGAAUUUGAUUUAGCAAACGGUUUUUUUUUUUUUUGGGUGAAAAAUUGUUAGGGCAAGCUGUUAGGAGAUAUUGUUGUAACAAUUAGAAAGGAUACACUCUUUUUUGUAAAUAUGUAUCUCAUUACUGAUGCAAAGGAAUAGUAGUUUGUUUGUGUACAAGGUCAACUUGUCUCUUGUGGCUUGCUUUUCUUUUCAAAACUCUCCCUCCCCUCGUCAGAAAAGAACUUCAUCACGUUAUUCUUUCAGGGUUGAAAAGCCAACUGGAGGCGCAGUGGGCCAGACUAGAGGCGGCGUAAGACUCCUUUGAGGGAGACGCCGUCUGAAAGUUUCAGAUUCUGAACCUAAAGAAAACGAGGGACGUAACAAUAAUUUUAUUUGGUUGACAAACAGCCUGUGGUCAAACACUCAUGCUUAAUUAAUAAAUAAAUUCACCAAUGAGCCUGACCAGUCAAGAAACUUUCAAUUUUGAAAAAAAAAAUCACAUAAUCCGGAAAUUCUCGCAUUUUGAAAGUCGGUUUAAAGCCAGGUUAAACGAACUUUGAGCAAUCAUAAUCAU